AUGAACGUAACGCAGUACAUAUCCGAGGUGACCUCGCAGGUUACCCAAACGUCACCCAGUGCCUAUCCUGGACUUGUAUGGACCUACUAUAUCCGAUACCUCUGGAACUACGAACCCGAAUCAUGGGUGGCACGCAUAGCCUACUUCUUUAGGGUGUUUGCUAUCCUCCUCAGCCUCCCAACUCUGCUCUUGGGACUGCUGGUGCGUCCAAUGGCCCUUAUCCGCAAGUUCCUUGUGAUUUAUGAAACCUCGUUCUUGCAGGAUAUCGUGUCUUACGGCAUUGCUCGCACACUGGGAGUUAUCGACGAUGUAAAGGCCUCGACGAGCGACAAGGCUACUGUCCAUAUCGUCGAGAAUGCACCAUCGAUUCGCGUAGAAGACACGGAUUCAUUGGCAGGCGGAGACUCGCUAAAUCAAACCCCACCUUCAAAGCCAUCCGAGUUCUUCGCCACGGACAACAACGUCAAUCUAUCUGGCGUCGAUGUUCUUUCUCCAGCUGCUUCAAGACCGCCGUCUCCCACUAUCACCCGAAAAUCCCUCCAGCCGGACAGGCAGCCACCGGUCAUCGCGGAUUCGUUGGAAGAGCCCAGAAACCUUCGACAACGUCACCUUCGAAAUCAAGUUGGCAAUUCGUCAUAA